AUGAGUAGAAAUCGAUUUCAGUUACUUUUGCGUUAUAUUCAUUUUUGUAAUAAUAACAAUCAAGUCACAAAUGACCGAUUAUUCAAAGUUGAUAUGGUAUUACAAGACAUAAAGAAUAACUUCAGAUCUGCUAUGGUGCCAUUUCAAAAUCUUGUUAUAGAUGAGAGUUUGGUGCUAUGGAAAGGGAGACUUUCAUUCAAGAAAUUCAUAAGUACCAAACGUCAUCGGUUUGGAAUAAAAUUUUUUAUUUUGUGUGAUGUAGAAACAGACUAUAUUUUAGAUUUUAUUAUAUACACUGGAAAAACUACACGUCUUGUUUCGUGUGAUCCUAACUUAGGCCAAUCAGGUGCUGUUGUAAAAACAUUAAUGGAAAAAUAUUUAAAUAAAGGUCAUACUCUGUAUACUGACAACUGGUAUACAUCACCAAUACUAUCAAUGUACUUACAUAAAAAAAAAACCAAUACUUGUGGUACUGUAAGAUGUAAUCGUCGUGGAAUGCCACCAUUCAAAAAAACUAAACUUAAACCUGGUCAAACUGAAAGUAAGCAUACUGGGAAAAUGUUGGCAAUAAAAUGGAUGGACCAGAAUGAGGUGCAUAUGCUUACCACAAUACACGGAGAUGAACAAUUGCCUAUUCAAAAACAUGGUAAAAUAACCAUGAAACCGAAAUGUGUAAAAGAAUACAAUGAAAAUAUGGGAUCCGUGGAUAAGACUGAUAUGUUACUUAGAAGUGUGGAGUGUGUAAGAAAAACAAUAAAAUGGUACAAAAAGAUAUUUUUUCAUUUGAUAGAUUUAUCAUUAUUAAAUGCUUACUCAUCAUACAAGACAGUUACGGGAAACCAUAUUCCAAUACCUAGCUCAGUUUCAGAUGGCACUAAUAAGACAGAUAAUAGAAAAAUAUCAAACCGAUCGUGUACCAAAAUCAAGACCACCGACUAA